UUACAGGAUUUCCAUGACAACCAACCUAAACGCUGCAGGGGAUCUUGUCCUUGCAACAAGAGCAGCUUGUACUUGCCUUGUACUUGUACAAGCUGAGCUGAGCAAGAUGGAGAGAAUGUCUACAGUGACCACUACUGAGACUCGAAAUGACUUGCAUCUGACAUCAACUGGAGUCAGUCAUGCAAUCAGAGACACAGUGCAGUCACCGCAAUUCAAUGCCACUCGGACCAACCCUUUACCUCCGAGUUUGGCAGCUCCGAGAGUGGACCCUCGUCUCACGGACACCUACCAGACGACCACAGGCACUGUCCAUUGCUACCAGCCCUCAGGCACUAUUCUGAGCCACCCCACUCACAAGAAAGCAGCUGGUAACUGGAGAGUCGAUUACACCUUAGACACAAUCAAUAAGCUCAGCGUGAAGCCAUGGCGACGGCCUUUGGUGAUGGGGAACCAGUGCAGUGAGAUGAAGGGAUCCUAUAAGGCAAAACCUGAGACAAUUUCCAGCAUCAUAAGCCAUUCUGGCAACCCACAACCUCCCAUGUUGGCAGACCAUUUCUGUGAAGGGCCUACUAAGGGUUUGCAUUCGUCGACAGUAAACAAAGCACUGCAGGGAAGGUCUUUCAUCCCCCAGAACCAGGCCGUGCUCGACAGACUAGAGCCAUAUAUGACCACUAACCACUGGUACCACAGGACAUUCAGUGGGGGAGAGCUCAAAAAGUACCCCAAGAAAGAUGUCGCCACCUACUGGCAGUGUGAAAAUUACCCAAAGGCAUGGGGCCAUGGUAUGAAGGAGAACCCUCUUCCUCGUAAACUUUCAAGAACAGAUCCUGGACCAAUGAGAGACCGUACACUGUUCAGAACAGGCACCAUCAUACCACGACUACCCGGCUCUCCUCAGCCCAUAGCUAGUGGUCUCAUGAGUUUGUACUCGGACAUGUACAAGAUACCGUCAGAGAAACAAAGGCAACAGAUUUUUCACUGCUCAGUGAAACCAUUCACACAAGUUGACGCUCCUGACAAGACGAUGCUCCAGGCAGUCCCCGGCAUGUACAAGACUGUCAACAUGACCUAUGGCACUGGACCCCCCCAAAUAGCAUAAAAAGCAUGGCUAGCUAGUUUACUACUUACUGAGUGGUGUAUGGUGUAUAUCUACAUGAUUUUUUAUUGUACUUA